CGUGGUAACUUUUCAUCACUUUACCCAUUGAAACUACAGCAAAAGCAUUCAUUACAGUUUGGAAACCAAGUGCUCCACAUAUAUCAAAUGCUUCAAAGUGAAAGCUGUUAUAUGCAUUUUGCUAUAGUGUAACUUUUGCUCGGCUACGUGGAUAAAUGGACUUUCAUAUUGAAAACAGCCACGUACACACUGUUACAUCAUUAAAGCUGUAAAUAUAAUCUAAAUUAUAGACACCUUGCCCCGCCGAGAUUCAACACAGGUCACUUGCACAUAAAGGAUAGCCUGAGUUCAGAUUGCCUUUGAUUUUUUUAAAGAAGAGACUAGAUUAGAAUGGUCUACUGUUUUUUGUUUAUUUUUUAGCCGGACGAUGAAUUGAAAUCUGUGAUGGUAUUACAAUUUGCAGCCGACAAAAAGCCUCUAAGUUAAGAAUGAGGGGAGCAGCACCUGACAUGGCGGAUCCGAACCAGCUUUUUGACGACACUAGUGCCCACGCAGGGCCACCUGGCUUGGGGUACAGAGGUCAGGAAACGCCAGGGAUGGGUUUCCCGGCACAGGCCCUGCUCACAGAGCCCAUGUCUAACUUCGCCGUAACCUAUGGGAGCAGUCUGGCUAGCCAAGGAAAGGAAAUGGUCGACAGAAAUCUGGACCGAUUAAUUACCAUCUCUAAGCUGAAGUAUUACUUUGCUGUAGAUACAGUCUAUGUGGGUAAGAAGUUGGGGCUGCUGGUCUUCCCCUACAUGCAUAAGAACUGGGAGGUGAGAUACCAGCAGGAUACUCCUGUAGCACCCCGAUUUGAUAUAAACGCCCCGGAUCUGUACAUUCCUGCCAUGGCUUUCAUUACCUACAUACUGGUAGCUGGGUUCGCACUGGGAACACAAAACAGGUUCUCCCCGGAGAUCCUGGGAAUACAGGCCAGUUCCGCUCUGGUGUGGCUGAUCAUUGAGGUUUUGGUCACCUUGUUCAGUCUGUACCUGGUGACUGUCAACACAGACCUCACCACCAUCGACCUCAUAGCCUUCUCAGGGUACAAGUAUGUGGGAAUGAUUGUGGGGGUCGUGUCUGGGCUGCUGUUUGGCAGGACUGGGUACUACUUGGUGCUGCUGUGGUGUUGCAUAGCGAUCGUUGUAUUCAUGAUCCGAACCCUGAGACUGAAGAUCCUCUCGGAAGCAGCCGCAGAGGGCGUGUUAGUCCGGGGAGCGAAGAACCAGCUCCGCAUGUACCUGACCAUGGCCAUCGCUACUGCCCAGCCCGUCUUUAUGUACUGGCUCACCUACCACCUGGUCAGGUGAACCGUGCUGCACACACACUUACACACACACACAGAAGAAUCCAACAGUCUCAUUCAGGCUUUGGGCAUCUAGCGAAGGACUGUUCGAUGGACACUAACAAGCAUUUCAGUUGCUUUCCAAAACCGUUAAGAGCAUUUUACUGACGGACUGAUAAAGUAUGAAUGUUAAAUCUUUAGAGUAGAAUAUGGGAUGGCUUUUGUUCUUGUAAAAUGAUCUACAGCUGUGGCCAAAAGUUUUGCAUCACCCUAUAGAAUGAACUAAUAUUGCUUCAUAAAGUCGAAUGAAACCUGCUGAACAAUGUUACGUUAACAUAUUGAAUUGCACACCGCUUUGUAGUUUUCCAGAUACUUAACGAAAAACUGACCAAAUUGAAAAAUGUGAUAUUUCGAAAUCCUAACAUGAAAUGCUGUACUACUAUUAUGGCUUCCGGUAGACUUUUGCAAUAUAAGUUUGUAGUUUAUUUGAUUACCUGAUGUUAAAUAAAAUAUCUAAAUUAUGGUAAUUAAAGUUUUUUUUUUUUUUUUUUUUAAAUGAAGUCUCAGUCCUAAAAUUCUAGGUGAUGCAAAACAUUUGGCCAGAGCUGUAGAGUGACUCCUUGUUCUACAUUGUGUCAUCAGCUAAAACAUCUAGCCCUUAGCAUUUUCUCUUAGAGGGAGCUAAAGAAAAAGCUUGUGAUGACCGUUUUAAAUUUUUUUUUUUUAUUAAGACUAUUACCUCUUGCUGCUGUUGUAAAAUAAAUGACUAAUUACUGUUGGAGAGAUUCUCAUACGCUCAACGAAGUGUGCUAUACAAUACCCUUGGCAAGUUUUGUUGCGAUUUAAUAAUCAGCUCAUUAGAAGUGUGAGUGUAAAAAAGCCGUCUGCCCCCAAUGCUGAUAUACUUUGUGUGAAAGCCCUUUCCAAGGUUGAUCAUAACUGGAUCAGCCGUUCUUUAGAUUUCUGCCAAAAAAGUGACAUGUGUACGGGCAUAUGCACAAGAGUAGCAACCAUCUGGGAUCAAAAUCUUUCUCUUCUGUAUUUUUUUGAGGUUUUCAGUAUAUAAGUAAAAAAUGCAGCUGGCCCUUCCAAUAACUACAGUAGGGUUUUUUUUUUUUUUUUUUUAGCCUAUAGCCUUGUACCAUUCACGAGUGUUUGUCACAUGGUCUUAAACUAUAGCCAUCAGCAAAACCCUGUGCUUUUAAAAACCUGUGUUUUCUGAGUGCUCGACGGCUGUCUUUUGUUGCUAGCAUGUGUUUUUCUGCUUGCCACAGUGGCGAUUUAUAUAACAAAACAAAAAGAAAGAGAAAUGUGAGACUGUCACAGUUUCUUGGUUAAAUUGAAUCAGCCUGCAGUGUUGAGUUUAUGCCAUCCAUGUAUGUGAACUGUAGGUAUUUUGUUUUGAUAUAAUAUUUAUACCUGUAAAGGGAGAUGAAAUGAUUAAAAAUAUACAAUUCAAA